ACAUACUGACAGUAGCCAGAGCUCGAUGCGGACGUACCGCGUCUGAGCUAGUGCUUUUUCUAUCCAAUUAUUUGGGGGUUGUUUUUGUUUUUCAGGGCCUUUUUUUUGUUGUUGUUGAAUAUCGUAGCAGACGCGUGCGCGACCACCUGCGCCAAAUUUGCAAUCGCAACAACGACCCACGUUGAUUAAAAAAAAAAAACAGGCGUAACUCCAACUGUGGGAAGUAAAAGAAACAAUACAAAUCUGGGUCUUGUGUGUAUUUAUUUGAAUUCCUGCGUGUUCGACGAUAGGAAACGGAUGAAACAGAUGACAGUCCAUCUGAUUUGUUAUCUCUAAAGAAAAGAAGAGAAUUUUGGGUUCUCUCCGAGACGAGUUGUGUUGUUCACAUUCGCAGAAAAUCAAAGGCGAAAACAAGUUUCGUGGAAAGGACGAGGUAAAAGUUGACUAUAUCGAUCAGAUGAUGUGCUUCUAGCAGCAAAAUCACAGUGAGAAUUCGAUAACUUUGCUUGCCAUCAUCUUCGCCUGUGCUUGUUAUCGCCGCAAAACGUGUGCACGUUACCAGCUCAGUGCAGCGCGAGAAGAAAAGUAGUAUUGAACCUGCCACUAGUGGUGCGCACCAAAACUUGGCAAAACUCUCCGGAAAGGUGAAAAACAACAUGACCUUCACCUGAAUAAUUGACUUUCUUGUUUCUUCUUUCUGCAUUAACUUGGCAACAAACCGACAAAAUAAAAUACAAAAAAAGUUGCGGGAAAUUGAUUUACAGACGUGCCGAUUCUUCGUGACGGGCGAGGUGCACGCCAUUCGUUUGGGUACGGUCAACUUGGGCUCCUCAUCUCGUCAAUCUUCAAUCUUUUCUCUUCAUCAUAUUUUCAAGCAGAAUUUUUUUUUCUCUCUCUCUCUUUCACCGAAUUUACCGGCAACUACCAUGGGAACAGCAUCGUACCAUCCAGUUUCUUCAUCGUCUCCGCCUCUGCUCCGGAUCAUCAUCUUCUUCCUGUCCUUGUCGACCGUGCUAAGCCAAGGAAUGAAGAACAAUCAGCAGCAGAACAUCAACUUUCGCGAGAAAGAGAAACAGAUUUUGGACAAAAUUCUGGGCACGCAGUAUUACGACAGGCGGAUUAGACCGGCCGGCGCUAAUGGAACAGAAGGACCGGCCGUUGUGGACGUCAAUCUCAUGUUCCGCAGUUUCCCGACUAUCAGCGACAACAAAAUGGAAUACAGUACGACCAUCACCUUUAGAGAGGAAUGGCUGGAUGAACGUCUAAGGUUCGACGAUUUCAGAGGUAAAUUGAAGUACCUGACGCUUACCGAUCCAGAUAAGGUCUGGAUGCCUGAUCUGUUCUUCUCCAACGAACGCGAAGGCCAUUUUCAUAACAUCAUCGUACCCAAUGUCUACGUUCGAAUCUUCCCAAACGGAAACGUCCUGUACAGUAUCAGGAUUUCUUUGACGCUGUCGUGUCCGAUGAACCUCAAGUUGUAUCCACUCGAUCGUCAAAUGUGUUCUCUACUUAUGAUCUCUUAUGGUUGGACAACUGAAGAUUUGGUUUUCCAAUGGAGGAAAGGUGACCCUGUUCAAGUAGCCAGCAACAUGCAUCUGCCUCGUUUCAUGCUCGAACGUUACGAGGCUGAUUAUUGCCAUAGUGUUACUAACACAGGAGCGUAUUCGUGCCUGAAAGUGAAUUUGAUGUUCAAACGCGAGUUUUCUUACUACCUGAUUCAAAUCUACAUUCCGUGCUGCAUGUUGGUCAUCGUUUCGUGGGUAUCCUUCUGGCUGGAUGCCAAUGCCGUUCCGGCUCGCGUCUCGCUCGGGGUCACCACUCUACUUACCAUGGCCACCCAGACGACUGGUAUCAACAACUCACUUCCACCCGUCUCCUACACUAAGGCCAUUGAUGUUUGGACUGGUGUUUGUUUGACGUUCGUCUUCGGGGCGCUGCUCGAGUUCGCGCUGGUGAAUUACGCCUCACGAUCAGACGCCCACCGAGAGAAAUUGAAGAAACAGAGACGUCAAUGGGAAAUGGAGCGUGAAAGAGAACGUCAAGCGGCUUUCGAAGCAGCUGCUCAAGCACAAGCCCAAGCCCAAGUCAGCGAUAAUCGUUUAGACGAUGGAAUUACAACUUUUGCAUACAUGAAAUCACUGCCUCGUCUGAGAGGUGAAUGCCCGAUGGCAGUAGACAAACGUUACGAGUUCCAUUUGGCCGCAGGAAGCGGUCAUCACCAUUCCAGUUGUUGGAGAUCGUGGAUCUCUAAAUUUCCGUCUCGUUCCAAGCGCAUUGACGUCAUGUCGCGGAUCAUUUUCCCCGUUGUCUUUGCUCUCUUCAAUUUCGCUUAUUGGGGGACGUACCUUUUCUUCGAAAACGAAGACGAUUGAAGAUGCACUUCUGGCUAAUUGACGAUUUCCCGGCCAUUUAAUUCUUUAUUUAUUUAUUUAUUUUUCGUUCACACAUUUGGUGAAAAUUAUCCAGCACGUGAAAAUUGCGUCAUUCACUUGUCAUCCCUUUCGAUCGUGUUGGCAGUGGUGAAAAAUCUGCGAACCAAAAAAAGCCGUUCUUUUUAUAUAUUUAUACAUAUACAUAACGGGAUAACAAUUAUAACAAAUUAACUAUAUAUUAGUCGUCUUCACCUGUAACGCACGCACACACUGAUUGUCUUAGGGGGUUUCAGACAGCGCCGAGGUGUGUCCGCUCGUUUUGGGGGUCAUCAAACUCUUAUACCAUUUUUGCUUUUUCGGCUCAACUUUUGCUCGCUCGCGCAACAGAAUCGGUGAAAAAUCAUGUCUAUAUGCUGUAUGUAAAACGAUGCUAUUCGUAAACCCUUCUUGAUUGUAUUUUUUUAUUACUCUUAUCAACCACCCGCAUAAAAAAAAAAGAACCCCAUCCAACUGUAGACGUCAAAACAUUGAUCUGUCCUCUUUCUAUCGUCAUGUAUUUUUCAUUGAGUUCGUGAUGGGCAAGAGAAAGUUACACUAUGGUCUUAACAUCUUACGAGACAAUCUAACAUCAAUCGUGAUUUAAUAUCUUCAUGUUUUUGUGCAUCUCUCAAAUCUGAUUUCCUUUUUUAUCCCUUUCGAAAUUGAUUAACUGCGAAGUCCGAUGCCGACACAGAACGCAUCAAAAACUAUACAGCCUUUAAAGAAGGAAUUGUUUUGAAGAUGCAAAUCAAGACUUUAACUCUCCCCCCAUUUUACAUUGUUUUCGCAAUGAUGUUUUCUUAGUGUACCGAUUAUACGUUUACUUUAGCACCUUUCGUAAACGUAUAAUCAGUUGAAGAUGAACUCAAAUGAUGAAAUCCAUACAUGAGGAUAUGAACACUCGACGAACGGAAAUAGCUGAGAUGAAUACCUUUACUGUGCACUCUGUAAAAAAACAAAACACACAAAAAAAAAAUAAUAAUAAUAAUAAUUAAAAUGUUUCUCAAAAACUUGAGAAAGAAACUAACGUGAACCAAAUGAUGAAUACAUAUGAAAACAUUCGCUGUUUAA